AUGGACCUCUUCGGCGGCAUGUCCGUCAAGUCGACGCCGACGCCGGCGACGCCGGCGACGCCGGCGACGGAGCCGGCGCCGACGCCCGUGGCGCCGAGCAGCUCCGGGUCCGCCUUCUCGUUUUUGAACACGCCGGCGCCCGCGGAGGACGAGCCCGAGCCCGAGCCCGAGCCGGCACCGGAACCGGAACCGGAGCCGGCGCCGGCGCCGGAGCCCGAGCCGCCGGCGCCCGAGCUCCUCGACAUGGCGAUGCCCGAGCCCGAGGUCGUCGCGCCGCCGCCGGCGCCCGCGCCGCCGCCGGCGGCCGAGCCCGAGCCCGCGGCGCCCGCGCGGCCCGCGGCGCGGCGGCCCAUCGUGAAGAAGAAGCGCGCGAAGAAG